AUGCAACAUAUAAUUUAUGCAGAAUGGCUGCCCAUAGUACUCGGAUGUGAAAAUGCUGCCAAGUAUGACUUACUACCAAAGAAAACAGGCUAUUUCAACGGUUACGACGAUCGUUGCGAUGCCACAAUGUCGCAAGAAAUGGCUACUGCUGCAUUCAGAUUUGGGCAUACGCUUAUCAGAAAUUCCUACCCUCGAAUGGACGGACGUUACUGGGACCAAGCAGAUCCGCUGCAACUCAAGGACUCUUUCAAUAAUGCUUCAUUCUAUUAUAACGAAAAAGCAGGACACAUGGAAUCAGUACUGUAUGGACUGCUGGGUGCCAACAGGUAA